GCACCCCUGCAGAAAGUUGGUGCAUAUGAAGGAAGCCCUCCCAAAAAAGUGGACAGGAGCGUCGUUGAAACCGUGGCGGUAUGUGAAGGAGGUCCGAAGGGGGAAACACAAUACUUGCCAUACCGAUUGGCAGUCAGGCGACGGGAUCUGAUAUGGGACAUGGCAGAGUGGGAAUUGCCGGCGCAGAAAAUGUUGAGGAAACCGGAUCCACUCCAGGAUCUUACUACAAAGAAUAUGUACAAGUCGUUGCUGCAACCGGUGGACAUCUGCGCGGAACUGAGGAACCAAUGGGCCGAAGGGGGUGGCUCCCUGAUAGCUUGUUACAAGGAUGGAAAGCUGGAUCCUCCUGAACCCCGGCCAUGUGCAGCAGUUAAAGGGACACAAAUUCUGGUCGAGAAUCUGUUUUACAAUUCUGCCACAAGAAAGAGGGCCUUCAAAAACCCAUCAGAGGAGUAUGCCCGCAUGCUUGACGUCAUCACCAGAUAUGCAAUACAGAAGAACAAUGUUGGGUUCUCCUGUAAAAAGUUUGGUGAAAGCAGGGCUGACGUUCACACUGUGCCUACUGUGUCGCGUAUUGACACGAUCCGGGCCGUCUUUGGCCAAUCGGUGGCUAGGGAGUUGAUUCCUUUGCACGUUGAAGUCAACGACUCCUCCCAAUGCCGUUUCAAGCUGGAAGGAUUCGUUUCUAGUGCGAAUUACAGUGCCAAGAAGACAACUCUCAUUCUAUUCAUAAAUGAAAGGCUUGUAGAAUGUUCGGCACUGAAGAAGGCCUGUGAGGCAGUAUAUGCUGCGAUUCUACCAAAGGCGUCGAAGCCAUUUUUGUACAUGUCUAUUUUGAUGCCUCCAGAGGAUGUCGAUGUGAACGUUCAUCCAACUAAAAGAGAGGUGAGCUUUUUGAACCAAGAGAGCUUGACAGAGAGUGUACAGAAAGCUGUUGAAGAGAAACUUCUAGAGUCGAACUCCUCGCGUACUUUUUAUACCCAGACUGUAUUACCAGGAGCCUGUGUCAGGGAUUCAGAGGGAAUGGAACCUUCACAGAAGCCUCCAGCUGGCUCUCAGUCUCAGAAACAACCGGUUUAUAAGUUGGUGAGGAGCGAUGAAUUUAAUCCUGCUGGCAGGCUUCAUGCUUUUCUACAGAAAGGAGCAAGCAAAAAGGACGAGGGAGUUGCAAACCUUGCAAUCACCAGGCGUGCGAUUCGUCAGAGGAAGAAUCCGUCGGAAGGUGUGGACCUGACUAGCGUGCAAGAAGUUCUGGCAGACAUGAAUCAGCAAGUUCAUCAAGGUUUGUCAGAAAUCGUCAAGCACAAUUCGUAUGUGGGAAUAGCAGAUGACAUUUUUGUGCUUCUUCAACACAAGACAAAGCUAUACCUUGCGAAUAUCGUUGCCUUGAGCAAGGAACUAGUAUACCAGCAGGUAUUCCGAAGAUUUGCCCAGUUUCAGUCGAUGCGUCUUUCAUCUCCGGCACGGCUAUUCGACAUACUUAUGAUUGCCUUAGAGGAGGAGGAAGAAGCUGGCCGCUGGGAUGAGAGCGAUGGUCCUAAAGAUGAAAUCGCAAAGUUGAACGAGGAUCUUCUGGUGUGUAAAGCUGAGAUGCUCCAAGAGUACUUUGGCAUGGACAUUGACGACGAAGGAUAUCUGCAUGGUCUUCCCGUUGUUCUUGAUCAGCAUACGCCAGACCUCAACCGUCUCCCUCAGUUCAUUCUUGCAUUGGGCAAUAAUGUCGACUGGGACUCGGAGAAAGAGUGUUUUGAGACCUUUGCGGCAGCCUUGGCAGAUUUCUAUUGUUGUCACCCAUUUGCGAGGCAAGACUCCCCAAUGGAAGACAGGACGGCUGAAGCUGCUCAAUCGCCACACACUCGGCAAAAGAGGCAACGGGUCCUCGGCGAGGAUGAUCAAGACGACGGUUGUAAGACAGAACAGGAAAUCGGAGUUCAGGGAGAGAGGGCUGAUCAUAGUGGUGAUGAGGAGGACAACAACACUGGUCCCAACAAUGGUGCAUGCUGUAGGCAACCUGAGGAGAAGGGGGCAGUUGAAGAAAAAGGGUUGGAAAAAAGGGAGGAAGAAUGUGAUGGGAAAGAGGGUCGUCUGCGUGCUGGAAGUGACACACUGGAAUCCACCGCUACACGAGAUUGGAUGAUUCAACACCUGUGGCUUCCUUCAAUUCGCCUGUUUCUGAAGCCACCUGCUCAAAUGGCACAAGAUGGAACAUUUGUACAGGUCGCGUGCCUGGAGAAACUGUAUAAGAUCUUCGAACGAUGUUGACGCAUGCAUGUGCUGAUGGAUAUGGUGCCCGAUGGAUAUGUACCAUCACCAGAAG